AUGUCUCCCAACGCGACUGCCGCGGACCUCGCCGCCACCCACAAGAUGGAUCCUGAGGAGAACAACCAGCCGGGCCCUACCACUGGCAGCGCCAUUGCUACCCCUUCCGCUGCCUCUUCGGCUGCUGCUGCUGCUGCUGCCCAGUGUUUAUCCCCAGGUGACUACUCUGUCCUCGAGGAGGCGGAAAAGGCGAAGGAGGUUCAUAGACUUCAUAGCCUGAUCCAGGAGCAGCGCCGAGCCCAGCUCGAGGAGACGAAGCGUCUGAAGGAACAGGACCGAGCUGAGAAAGAGGAGAAGGAGCGCCUAGAGAAGGCGAAGGCGGCCCAGGAGGUCAAGGACAAGGAGCAGAAGGCUCGCAUCGAGCGAGCCAUUCAGGCCACUCCUGAGGAGCGUGCGGCCUACGAAACGGCCAUGAACAAUGUGGAGGACAGAAGAAACAGAGAGCGCUACCGGGCUAAUACGAUGGCCAGCAUCAAUGGCUAUCUCAAGCGCCAGGGUAUAAAGCGCAGAUGA